AAUGCGCCAAUGCCCGCCUUGGACGGAACGUCAGCCGCAAACCCGUAGGGCUAGAGCGUCGAGUGUUGUGAUCCCUGAGGCAGAGUCAGCAAGCGUAUAAUGUGUUCCAUCGCUGUCGCGUCUUAGCCAUCCUGCAAUGGUUUCCUUGAAGGCAACACUCGCCGGUUUCGGUGCAGUGGCCGCCCUUCUCCUUCAGCCAUGCGCCGCGCUUCCCUAUUCUGCCGGCCUCGAACCGUCCCAGUCGCCCAACUACGAAAACAUAAAACUUCUCAAACGUGCUGACGCGCGGGACUUCUACCUUCGCGUAAUGCCUCUCGGUGCGUCCAUCACGGCCGGAGAGCAUGGGCCCGAAGACGACACGCAGAUGAACGGCUACCGGAAGUUUCUCCGUGACAAGCUCCGGCUUAGGGGGUGGAAGGUGAACAUGGUCGGCAGUUUUAACCGUGGCCUUAUGAAGGACAACGACCAUGAGGGUAUCUCAGGCCAGCGUGUAAGCGAGGUGACCGCCAGGACAAAGCGCGCCACCCACACCUGGCUACCGAACGUGGUCCUCAUCAACGCUGGAACCAACGACGCGACCCAAAACGGACGGCAUGAACCCGUCGACGGUACGGGCCUCAGGAUGAAGGAGCUCAUCGAAACCAUCUUCUCCGAGGUACCCCACGCCGUCGUUGUCCUCUCGACCCUAGUCCCCAACGGCAUCAACCAGGGCAACGUCGACAAGGUCAACGCCGAGUACCGCGACCUCUACUACCGCCAUUUCCGCAGUUUCGUCACGCUCGACGAGCACGGCAACGAGGUCACCCCCUUCAAGGUGGUCCUAGCCGACAUGGCCGACGGCUUCAUCACCAGCGGGGACAUCAAACCCCACCCGGACCUCACGCACCCGACCAUCCCGGGGAACAUGAAGAUGGCCGCCGUCUGGGACUGGGCGAUCGACCAGGCCAACGGGAAGGGGUGGCUGAGCGAGCCGAGCCCGUCCGGGCUCUUCGAGGACAGCGAGGGCACCACGACGUGCAGGAAGGAGUACGGCAGCGGCAACCAGGACGUGCGCAGCGGGAGGCAGGUGCUGCACGCCGCCAACUCGGUGAUCCGCGACGACGGCACGUACAGGCACCAGUCGGUGCCCCGGAAUGACCGCGAGGUGACCAACCUGGGCCGGUCCAAGGGCACGCGCGUGUGGUUUGCGCAGCUCGUGAACGUGUACAAUGCGCCCAAGGGAGGGGAGCGGGAUGAGCUCGUCUGGGGUUGGAAGGUGGAACGCAGGACGCUCAAGUUCCGCCUCAACAUGGGAGAUGGGAAUUUCGCGGAAGAGCAUGACAUUGAUGUCAAGGACGACUAUAUCAGAGACGGAUGCCCGAUUGAAGCUAUUCAAUGGGGCGAUGUUAACGGCGAUGGCUUGGAUGACUUUAUUUGCAUCGCUGAAAAUGGAGAAAUGUUUGUGUCUCUCAACACGGGCGGAAAUCCGCCCACAUUCAGGGCGCUGGGAUCGUAUAAAACCCCGGAAAGGGGCCUCGGCAGGGCACACGUGCGCCUGGGCGACAUCGAUGGUGACGGGAGGCUCGAUUACUGUGUCAUCCCGGCCUCUGGCGACAUCUUCUGUUGGCGCAAUGGUGGCAUUGGCGAGAGGGCGGCCUACUGGCAGAACAUGGGCUCAGGCGGGCCGGUCUUCACGGCCAAGGGAAUGGGUGAUAUUCGGGGUGUCCGUUUUGUUGAUAUCAAUGGAGACGGCCGAUCGGACUGGACCUGGAUGGACGAGCACGGAAGGGUCACGACCUGGAUCAACCAGCGAGGUUCGGAUAAGGGCAUGAUCCCGCGAUGGCUCGAUGCGGGUGUAACCCAUCAGGGCAUGGGUACAAACAUCGGGAUUGACAGGCAUCAGAUUGCUUUUGGUCGAAUCUUCGGUGACAAUGGGAGAGCGGACUACAUCCACUACUGGGAAUCGUGCACCUUGUCGUACUGUUCGCGCAGGUUCGUGCCCUACGAGAAUCUGGGGAGCGGUGGCAAGUUUCAAAAGGGUGACGGCAUAUACUGGGGCGACAUGACUGGCACCGGUGUCGACGACUACAUUUGGAUCUCGCCGGACUCGGACAAUGGUAACGCAGAAGCAUGGAUCUUCCUGAACAAGAACACACGCGAACAGUCCGAUUUCUACGCCACUUCGGCCUGGAGCACCCCUAUUUCGCUCAAGACGGGGCUUAACCGCAGAGCCCUACACAUCGGAGACUGGGACGGCGACGGCAAGGACGAUAUUAUUGGCAUUAUCGAUCGGAACACUGGCGCUCUCAGAGUGUGGCAUAGCCGGUGGGACGGGAGCCGGUUUAACUGGGAUGUUCGAGAUAUUCCUAACAGCGCGAGGUGUAACCAGGGCUGGGGUCUCGGUUACUUUGACAACGGCGCUCACUUUGCCGACAUCAGCGGCUCGGGACGUGUCGACUACAUUUGCAUGGAACCGUCCGGACGUGCGACGGCCUGGCUCCGCGACGAGCAUGGUGGCUGGUUCAAUGCGGGACAAGUCAAGUACCACGAGGACCUUGACCGCGCCAACUUCCAGUUCGCGGAUGUAAACGGCGACGGAAGGGCCGAUUUGGUCUGGACGGACAAGUUCAACGGAGACGCCAAUGUCUGGUACAACAAGCGCCAGGCCGCCGAACAUGAACGCGGAAACCUGGGCGGCAGUCUCUUCGAGUGGGAGAGGCCCAUCAAGGCAUUCCUCGGAUCUUCUCGAGGACCAAACAUGCACUUCCCGAAUCUCGGAGGCCAAGGCCGCGCUGACAUGGUCGGUACGAACCCGACUACUGGGCACGUUAGCCUGGGUUUGGUUCAACUCUUGCCCUGCGGGAGGCGAUGACUGGCCAGCAGACGACCCUGUUCCUGACCCUGGUCUACCUCACUACGGCGCGUCGCCCCAGCCUGAUCCUACACCGGAAGACCCGGACGAC